UUAGAAUAAAAAAGAAAAAAGAAGGGAAGAACUGAAGGGUGAUCCAAAAUUGGAAAAUGGUGCAAACCGGGAAACAUGCGUCCGAAAAUAAGGAAAGUAAGCAAAUUGCCACUGCCACCUACCUCUUUCUUCACUCUGUUUCUCUACCAUCUUCAAUGCCAUUAAUCUCUCUCUCUCUCUCAUUACCUAACAAAAGUUAUGCCUUUUUUCUCUCUUUGAUCUCAAAUGUGGCAACUUCUCUUAGGCGCAGCUGUAGCAGGAUCCACCGGUCUCCUUGCUAAACACCUCUUUAACCUCAACCCCAACAACCCCAUUUCUCAAGAUACCACAAACUCCAAUCUUGAUCAAGAAAAACAAGAUCUUCAUCUCCAAAAUGGGUUUUUGGAACCUCGGUCUGAGAGUAAUUGGGAGGAAAAACAGAAGCAAGAUGGGAUCUUUAGAUUUUCCAGUCCUGAGUCUAAUGGAAAAACUGGGGUUAAAGCCAAGGAUAGGAACUUGAGGACAAAAGUUGUUUCGAAGAAGGCUGAGAAGAGAUCAAGUGGUGGUGGUGUAGAGGUGAAUAGAAGGAAGUUUGCUGUCUGCUUGAAGAAGAGGAGAACUGCUAAGAAUGUGGCUUAUAAAUGUGGAUCAUGCCCUUCUAAAGAUAGCUCUGUAUUUCGUCGGGGACUUGGCUUUGGUCUCAUGUACAUGAUGUCAGCUGGGAAGGCUGAGAUCAAUAAACUGAACUCAGCCAUGGAGGAGACUACAAAAGUGGUUCAGGAGUUAAAAACUGAGCUAUGCAAAAGAAAAUCAUCUUGCAAUCUACAAGCUUCAAAUUCUGCAAAUGAAGUUGCUACUAGCUCAAAGAAAUUUAGUGGCAAGAAUAUGCAGUUGCUGAUUGAUAAGUACAGAGACCAUAAUGAGAUCAAAGUAUGCAGCCUGCCGGUAAUUGAUGAUGGUGAAUAUGCCUGUAGUAUUCUUACUGAAGAGCCAGAACCGGAGCCAGAGCUGGUGGAAAUGGAUCAACUAGGGGCAGAGCUCGAGUCAGAAUUGCAAAAAUUGACUGAGACUGAAGUUUCAGCCAAAAGUUUGCAUGAGUCAGUGGGGCAGAGGUUUGAUUCAUACCAGUGCCAGGGAGUAUUGCCCUCUGAACUAGAUCAGAAGCUGUGCCAUUUGCUAAUUGAGCAGCAGGAAAACCAAAUUGAGGAGCUAGAAUCUGAAUUAAAUUUGGCUCAAUCCAAACUCGGCGAGAAGGAAGCUGAACUCCAAGCACUAAAGGAUUGUGUUAGACGCCUGACUAACUUCUCUCUGUCAACAGUCUCAGAUGAUGAUACCGAGUUCCAAGAGAAGCAAGGAUGCAUGAACGAUCAGGAUUGCCAUAGUGGAUCUGAGACAAGGAAAUCAUUCGUUGGUAUGAAAAGACCUAUCGAGUCCUGAGUGCAAUUAAGAUGCAUGAUUACCAUAUUUUCCAUGGCCAAGAGCUAAAAGGUAAUCCAUAGGCAAUCAUCAGAUGCCAUCAGAAAACAAUACCAAUGGGGUAGGUCAUAGCAUUCUAAACUCUAGCUUUACAUAUUCCCUGUGUAUCUCCUGGACCCUUCAAUAUUAUUAUACUCUGUAGUAUCAGAAACCAAAGAAAUAGUAAUCUGUUUAUUGCAUUCUGUCUGAAUAUUUUAGUAGGAUAUGUUUAUAUUUUUUAUACCUGUUGUCUGUCUGGAGCUCAACUCUCUUCACCAAGUGAUGUCAUUCCUACUGACUUAGCAAGUUUGCCUGCUUCUUGGUCAAGCUCUUUCUUGAGUGCCAGAUAUAGGAAACCUGAAAUCAUAGUUGACUUUUUUGUUGUCAUGUUGGGAGAGAAAAUUACUAAUGUGUCCAUUCAUAUUUGAUCUGAGUGUACCAAAGGGUAAUGUUGGAAGCGAGCAAUUGUAGAUUAAUUUAUAGGGCGGUGGUGGUUGCUUGUGCAGAGACAGAUACAAGAUUGG